AUGGCUAUUGCUUACACUAUCAAGAUUAGAACACUGUUAUCGUACUACAUUCUUCUAGAUCAGAUGCCAGAAGGAUUACUGAGAUUUGUCACAUUUUGUAUGGUAUUUCUUAUCAGCGUAUGCAUGUUUGUGCAAACAAUAUGGGCUGAUCGAUCUUGUGCAGCAGAACGUCGGGAUUCUGAAAGGUCACCUAAUCCAGAAUCGGAAGCUUCCUUUAUUUCUCAGAUCUUAUUUUGGUGGAUGAAUGGUAUAAUGAUGAAAGGAUUCAAAAACCCAUUAACUGAAAAGGACUUGUGGGACUUGAAUGAUCAUGAUAAGAGUGAUGUUAUAGGUAUGAAAUUUUCCCGUGAAUGGCAAAAAGAGAUGCAAAAAUCGAAAAAAAUCACAUCGGAAGAUGGCGUCAUUGUACGUAAAGGUAAAGGGCCAUCCCUUGUAAUGGCCUUAACACGAGCUUACGGAGGUACUUUCCUGCUGGCUGGCCUUAUGAAAUUAGUUCAAGAUAUGUUGGUAUUUGUCAACCCGCAACUUUUGAGACAGUUGAUAGCUUUUACUGCUGAUAAGAGCAUACCAACUUGGACUGGAUUUGCAUAUACAUUCUUAUUAUUUGGAACAGCAUUUGUGCAAUCAUGUGUCCUUCAUCAGUACUUUCACGGUUGUCUAGUCACAGGAAUGAGAAUUCGGUCAGGUGUCAUUUGGGCUGUGUAUCGUAAGGCUCUGGUUUUAUCAAAUUCUGCGAGAAAGAAGUCAACCGUUGGAGAGAUAGUAAAUCUAAUGUCUGUUGAUGCUCAACGUUUUAUGGAUCUGAUGACAUUUUUGCACAUUAUAUGGUCAGCUCCAUUUCAAAUUGCAGUAUCUAUGUAUUUCUUAUGGGAUAUCUUAGGACCUUCAGUAAUGGCCGGUUUAGCUGUUUUGAUUUUGAUGAUCCCAAUUAAUGCAUAUGUUUCAACGAAAGCAAGAGUUUUUCAAGUCAAACAAAUGAAAUUGACCGACGAAAGGAUUAAAACUAUGAAUGAAAUCUUGAAUGGUGUGAAGGUAUUAAAAUUGUAUGCGUGGGAAAAAUCGUUUAUAGCUAAGGUACUCUCUAUCCGUUCAAACGAACUGAAACAGUUAUUGUACAGUUCUUUGCUGAAUGCAGUUGGCAUGUUUGCUUGGGGCAAUGCACCUUUUUUGGUUGCUUUGGCUACCUUUUCUACUUAUGUAUUAACUGGUAACGAACUAAAUGCCGAAAAGGCUUUUGUUGGAUUAUCCCUCUUUAAUAUUUUAAGAUUUCCAAUUGGUAUGCUACCCGCUGUUAUAUCUAGCAUAAUUCAGGCUAGUGUUUCCGUAAAGCGUUUAUCUAACUUUUUGGAGAAUGAAGAAUUAGACCCUAAUAGUGUAGAACGUGUUAUGCCUCCUAAAUAUGAGGGUAAUUCGGUUAUAAUUGAAGACGGCACUUUUAACUGGGAACGAGAAGAUAAAAAGUCGACAUUAUCUAAGAUAAAUAUCAAAGUUAAAACUGGUUCUCUUGUUGCGAUCGUUGGCCAUGUUGGUAGUGGAAAAUCAUCUUUACUUUCGGCACUUCUCGGAGAAAUGGAAAAAAUGAAUGGCAGCGUCUACGUUAAGGGUUCUGUAGCUUAUGUUCCUCAGCAAGCUUGGAUGAAGAAUGCUAGCUUAGAAGAAAACAUUCUUUUUGGUAAUGAUCAAUUUAGAGGAAGGUAUAGCCAAUGCGUAGAUGCAUGUGCACUAAAACCAGAUCUAGAAAUGCUCCCGGGUGGUGAUCAGACUGAAAUAGGCGAAAAGGGAAUUAACUUGAGCGGCGGUCAAAAGCAGCGAGUCAGCUUAGCACGAGCUGUUUAUUCUAAUAGUGAUGUGUAUAUGCUUGAUGAUCCUUUGAGUGCUGUUGACGCACAUGUUGGUAAACACAUAUUUGAAAACGUUAUAGGACAUACUGGAAUGUUACGUCAUAAGACUAGAUUAUUCGUAACACAUGCUGUUGGAUUUUUGCCGUACGUUGAUCACAUUAUUGUCUUGGAAGAUGGUGAAAUAGUCGAAUCUGGGAGUUAUAACGAAUUGCUAUCAAGUAAAGGAGCUUUUGCUGAUUUUCUCACGACAUACGCCCAUACUGAAACAAAUCGUCCCGAUGAUGAAAUAGCCUCAACAAGUCACUUGGAGCUACCAGACGGUAGCCAUGAUCGUUGGCAUCGUGGUGAUGAAGACCAAGAGAUGUCUAGACGAUCUAGUAAAGGGAGUCGAACUGGGUCGUUAUCUGUUGGCGAUAACGAUUCUAUGAAUAAAUUGUCUUUUUCUGAAUCAAGUCGUGGUCGUGUCAAAUUUUCGGUGUUUACUAGUUAUUUACGAUCUUGGGGAUGGAUACCUGCAACCUUGGUCAUUCUGUUUUAUUUCGCUUCUGAAGGUCUAAGUGUUGGUGCUAAUGUUUGGCUAGCGCAAUGGAGCGUAAUUGUAAACUCUACUGCAGAAACAAGAGAUUUAUAUCUUGGUGUCUAUGGAGCUUUUGGUGGCUGUAGAGCAUUUGUAACUCUUCUUACUAGCGUCAUUGGUGCAGUUGCUGCUUUAAAUGGUUCACGAUCACUACAUCGUCGUAUGUUGGAACGUGUUCUACAUGCUCCAAUGUCAUUUUUUGAUACUACACCGCUGGGACGAGUUGUAAAUCGUUUCUCUAAAGAUAUGAACAUUAUCGAUGAAAUAAUUCCAAGGAUAUUUAACUUUUUUCUGAUCAUGAUGACUACAGUUCUUAGCACUUUAGUUGUAAUCUCUGUAUCAACUCCUAUAUUUAUGGCUGUUAUUGUUCCUUUGAUGAUUUUGUACAUCUUUACUCAGAGAUUUUAUAUUGCUACAUCGCGCCAGUUGAAACGUUUGGAAUCCGUUAGUCGGUCUCCAAUAUUUUCUCAUUUUGGUGAAACUGUGCAAGGUGCUACAACAAUACGUGGCUAUCGAGUUCAAGACAGAUUUUUCAUGGAUUGUGAUAAGAGAGUUGACGUUAAUCAAAUGGCCUAUUAUCCUUAUAUUUCCUCAAACAGAUGGCUGGCGAUUCGAUUAGAAUUUGUUGGUAAUUGUAUAGUUAUGUUUGCUGCUGUUUUUGCGGUUGUUGGCCGAGGCAGUAACAUUCCUGCUGGUAUUGUUGGAUUAUCAAUUACAUACGCUCUUCAGAUCACUCAAACAUUAAAUAUGAUGGUGCGCAUGACCGGAGAAUUAGAAGCAAAUAUUGUAGCUGUUGAACGAGUACAAGAGUAUUCAAAUAUAGAUUUGGAAGCUCCGUGGGAAAUUGAGGAUAGCAAACCGGAUGAUCAAUGGCCGAAAACUGGUGAAGUUAGAUUUAUGGAUUAUAAAACUCGUUAUCGUGCCAAUUUAGAUCUUGUUUUAAAAGGAAUUGAUUGCGUAAUUUCUGGUGGCGAAAAGAUCGGUAUUGUUGGGCGUACUGGUGCAGGUAAAUCAUCUUUAACCUUGGGAUUGUUUCGUAUCAUUGAAUCUGCUGGUGGUUCAAUCGUUAUUGAUGGAGUAGACAUUUCUAAAGUGGGCUUGCAUAAUUUAAGGUCACGGAUUUCUAUUAUCCCUCAGGAUCCUGUACUUUUUUCUGGCAGUAUUCGUAUGAAUCUUGAUCCUUUUGAAGACCAUAAUGAUGAAGAAAUUUGGUCUGCGCUUGAACAUGCCCAUUUAAAAACCUUUAUAAGCUCAUUGGAAGAUCAGUUGCAGUUUCAAGUUAGUGAAGGUGGUGAUAAUUUGAGUGUUGGACAGCGACAGCUGAUAUGUUUAGCACGUGCUCUUCUUCGUAAGUCGAAGAUAUUAGUUCUAGAUGAAGCAACUGCAGCUGUCGAUCUGGAAACUGAUGAUUUAAUUCAAGAGACAAUUCGAAGAGAAUUUGCAAGUUAUACAAUUUUGACGAUAGCUCACCGUUUAAAUACUAUUAUGGAUAGUACAAGGAUAAUGGUAUUGAGUGAUGGACGUAUCGCUGAAUUUGAUCCUCCAUCGGUAUUGUUAGAAAGGAAAGAAAGCAUAUUUUAUGGCAUGGCAAAAGAUGCUAAAUUAAUUUAG